ACGGCUUUUGUUGCUUCAUCAGACGCCGAUUGUUUUUUAACGUCUGCUGGAGGCGAAAGGCCGCCAUGCCGGAGAUUACUUCAAAGGGUGCCACCAUUUCAAAGAAGGGCUUUAAGAAAGCUGUCACGAAGACCCAGAAGAAGGAGGGGAAAAAGCGAAAGCGAUCCCGCAAGGAGAGCUAUUCCAUUUACAUAUACAAGGUGCUGAAGCAAGUGCACCCUGAUACUGGCAUCUCAUCCAAGGCCAUGAGCAUCAUGAAUUCUUUUGUCAGUGAUAUUUUUGAACGCAUUUCAGGGGAGGCGUCGCGCCUGGCGCACUACAACAAGCGCUCGACCAUCACAUCCCGGGAGAUCCAGACGGCCGUGCGCCUGCUGCUGCCCGGCGAGCUGGCCAAGCACGCCGUGUCCGAGGGCACCAAGGCCGUCACCAAGUACACCAGCUCCAAGUGAAAUGAUCGCUUCUUCAAAGCAAAGUUCACAAACCAAAGGCUCUUUUAAGAGCCACCCAUCUUUUCUCCUAAUGGGCUGUAGGCUGUCCGUGGCUGUUGCCUC